AUGUCAGAUACCACAGGAAAAACAAUUUCAUGUCAAGCUGCUGUUGCAUGGGAAGCUAAAAAGCCAUUAAGUAUAGAAACUGUGGAAGUAGCUCCACCAAAAGCACACGAGGUUAGAAUCAAAAUAAUUGACACAGGGGUAUGUCAUACCGACGCUUAUACCUUAAGUGGAGUUGAUCCAGAGGGUCAAUUUCCAGUUAUUUUAGGACAUGAAGGUGCUGGUAUUGUUGAAAGUGUUGGUGAAGGUGUUACAAAUGUUAAAGUUGGUGAUCAUGUUGUUGCCUUAUAUACAGCAGAAUGUGGAAAAUGUAAAAUGUGCAAAAGUGGUAAAACUAAUUUAUGUAGUGCUGUAAGAGAAACCCAAGGUAAAGGAGUUAUGCCAGAUGGUACUCCAAGAUUUACUUGUAAAGGUAAAGAGAUUUUACAUUUCAUGGGUUGUUCAACAUUUUCUCAAUAUACUGUUGUUGCUGAUGUUUCAGUUGUUAAAAUUAAUGAUAAAGCUCCAUUUGAUAAAGCUUGUUUAUUAGGUUGUGGUGUCACCACCGGUUAUGGUGCAGCUACUAUUACUGCCAAUGUUCAAAAAGGAGAUAAUGUGGCUGUUUUUGGUGCUGGUUGUGUUGGAUUAUCUGUUGUUCAAGGUUGUAAAGAAAGACAAUGUGCUAAAAUUAUUGUAGUUGACAUUAGUGAUAAGAAGAAAGAAUGGGCUUUUAAAUUUGGAGCAACAGAUUUUAUCAAUCCAAAAAAUUUACCAGAAGGUACAAGUAUUGUUCAAAAAUUGACUGAAAUGACUGAUGGUGGUUGUGAUUAUACUUUUGAUUGUACUGGUAAUGUUCAAGUAAUGAGAGAUGCAUUAGAAGCUUGUCAUAAAGGAUGGGGUGAAUCUAUUAUCAUUGGUGUCGCACCAGCAGGAAAAGAAAUUUCAACUAGACCAUUCCAAUUAGUAACAGGUAGAGUAUGGAAAGGUGCCGCUUUUGGUGGUGUGAAAGGGAGAUCACAAUUACCAGGAAUAGUUGAUGAUUAUUUGGAUGGUAAGUUAAAAGUUGAAGAGUUCAUCACGCAUACACAUGACUUGAAAGAUAUAAAUAAAGCUUUCGAAGAUAUGCAUGCAGGAGAUUGUAUUAGAGCUGUUGUCAAAUUAUGA